GGCGCGGGGGCGGCCGCGCCGGGGCGAGCAGCGGCGGGCGAGGCCCGAGCGGCGGCGGCGGCGGAGCGGCGGCGGCAUCAUGGCGGACAGAGACAGCGGCAGCGAGCAGGGCGGCGGCGGCGGGGGCGCGGCGGGCGCCGGGGGGCCGGGCGCGGGCGGCGGCGGCCCGGGCGGCGGCGGCGGCGGCGGCGGGGGCCCGGGCGGCGGGCUGCAGCACGAGACGCAGGAGCUGGCCUCCAAGCGGGUGGACAUCCAGAACAAGCGCUUCUACCUGGACGUGAAGCAGAACGCCAAGGGCCGCUUCCUCAAGAUCGCCGAGGUGGGCGCGGGCGGCAACAAGAGCCGCCUGACCCUCUCCAUGUCGGUGGCCGUCGAGUUCCGCGACUACCUGGGCGACUUCAUCGAGCACUACGCGCAGCUGGGGCCCAGCCAGCCCCCCGAGCUGGCGCAGGCGGCCGACGAGCCCCGGCGGGCGCUGAAGAGCGAGUUCCUGGUGCGGGAGAACCGCAAGUACUACAUGGAUCUGAAGGAGAACCAGCGCGGGCGCUUCCUGCGCGUCCGCCAGACCGUGAACCGCGGCCCGGGGCUGGGCUCCACGCAGGGCCAGACCAUCGCGCUGCCCGCGCAGGGCCUCAUCGAGUUCCGCGACGCCCUGGCCAAGCUCAUCGACGACUACGGCGUGGAGGAGGAGCCGGCCGAGCUGCCCGAGGGCACCUCCUUGACUGUGGACAACAAGCGUUUCUUCUUCGACGUGGGUUCCAACAAGUACGGCGUGUUCAUGCGGGUGAGCGAGGUGAAGCCCACCUACCGCAACUCCAUCACCGUCCCCUACAAGGUCUGGGCCAAGUUCGGCCACACCUUCUGCAAGUACUCGGACGAGAUGAAGAAGAUCCAGGAGAAGCAGCGGGACAAGCGCGCCGCCGCCGCCGCCGCCCCCGCCGUGGGCGCCGAGCCGCCCCCCGAGGCCGAGGCGGCCGCCGCCGGGCCGCCCGGCGCGCUGCUGCAGGCCGAGGAGCCCGAGGAGGACUGACCGCCCGCCCCCCGGGACGCGGACUGGCCCCGCCGCCGGCGGGAGGGCGGGCGGGCGGCGGGGCGCGGGGGCGGCGGCCCGGAGCCCCCCCUCCGCCCGGAGCCCCCCCGGCCGCGCCGCCCGCCCGGCGCCCCCCCCGCCGCCCGGCAGCAGCAGCGCCUCAGACCCGCCACCCAUCGCUGGAUGUUCCUCCACUUUACCCACCGUAUCAAACAUGCACUGGUGUACCAAGCCUCAGAACCACUGCUUUCUCCAGCUCAUAGGAUGCUUUUCCAGACUGUGGAUACGUGUAUGUGUACUGCUGUGUUGAUAAGUAAAUGCCAACGAUGGAGUUCGUUGCUUUUAUACAUCCCAAAGAGAAGUUCUCCACCGUUCCCUGUCUGUUUUCUGACCGAAAAGGCGUGUGUUUGUGAACAGUGUUCACGCCAGCUCUGCCAUCCCACCCUCACAUCAGCUCACACCAAUGCCAGGAUGGGAGGAGUUGCCUGCGUACCUUCCCCAAACACCCCGGGCCGCAGUGGCAUCGUCAGGGAGCAGUUCAAACCUGUGUCCUUUGGGCUUUGUGUAAAGCAAAUGCAGAACAAGAAAAAUCGAGAUGUUAAAUCCAUUAGAAAACCAAUUCCUUAUUGUACAGUAGUAUGGAGAUCUCUAGUCAACCUGCCAUUAAUAAUAGAUUCUUAUUUUUUGAAUGAUCUAUUUAAAAGAACAGCAAGCAUUGUAUUUGCUAGUAAAUCUGAAGUGUUUACAUGGAAUUACUAAAUAAAUUAUUUGAUCUAA